GGGGGCGGGUCCCAGCGGUGCGAUGGUGUCCCAGCCGGAAGUCUAAACCUGACCCAGGGUAUGGUCGCACCCUCCGCGGCCCAGAGGGAGCUGAGCGCUCACCCGCCGGGGACCCGGGAAGGGACGCGGCCGGAGUUAGCACAACUGAAGGCGGACCCCCCGGGGACCGGCGCCCUCGGGCGGUGCGUGAGGCUGGCGACCGUGUGGCUUCGUAGUUCCGGGAGUGCGCGGCACCCGCGGCCGCCGCCGCCGCCGCCACCACCACCACCACUGCUGCGGCUGCUGCUACUGCUGUCAGGACUGGUGCGGAAGGGAGCGGCAGAGAGUCCCUGGGGGUUGCCCUUGGUGGCCGAUGGCCCAGCUUCCAUGGCAAAGGUGGUGAUGGCAGAACUGGCAAACCUGAAGUUAGAAAACAAGUCAUGGCCUAGAGUUUGUGUUUCCACAGGGACGCACUCCCUCCGCUACCACUACCUGGACCUGUCAGAGCCGGGCCCGAGCCUCCCUAAGUUUCUGGCUGUAGGCUACGUGGAUGAUCAGCCUUUUAUCCGGUAUGACAGUCGUGUGGACAAAGCUGAGCCCCAGGCUCCAUGGAUUAUACCCAUGAAUGCCAAGUACUGGGAGAAGGAGACCAAGAAGCAGAGGAAAUGGGCAGAGAUUCACAAGGUGGUGACAUGGCAAACGAUGGGCUACCACAACCACAGCAGCGGCAUGCACAGCACUCACCGCAUGUUUGGCUGUGAGAUCCAGGAAGAUGGCCAGUCCAGCAGCUUCUGGCAGUUUGGCUAUGAUGGGCAAGACCACGUGUCACUGGACAUGGAAACUCUGAGUUGGGUGUCAGCUAACCCCGUGGCUCUGUUGACCAAGCGUAGAAUGGAGACAGAGCACUGCUAUGCUGAGUACAACAAAGCCUACCUGGAAGGCCCCUGUCUCGCCUCCCUGCGCAGAUACCUGGAGCUGGGAGGCCAGAGAUUCACACGUAGAGAACCACCCACAGUACGGGUGACAAAGCACUCAGCCCAGGACGGGGGUACCACCCUGAGAUGCUGGGCCCUGGGCUUCUAUCCACAAGACAUCUCACUGAGCUGGUGGCUGGGUGAGAAGAAGUUGAAUUCAAAGCUUGAGUAUGUGGAGGCACGCCCCAGUGGAGAUGGCACCUAUCAGAUGUGGAUGGCCGUGUGGGUGCCGGCUGGAGAUGAGACCCAGUACACAUGCCAUGUGCAGCACUGCAGCCUGAAUCACACGCUCACUGUGUCCUGGGAAAUGCCCUCUCAUCCAGGACUUAUGGCCAUGGUUAUCUCUCUCAUCCUGAUCUUGCUGGUGAUUGGUGGUGGUGUGAGUUUGACCAAGUGCCUUCAAGCCAGGAAUAAGGAACCUUACGAGCAACCCCCAGGUGACUGUGAUUAAGAGGACCCCCAUAAUUCUCAAAGCCCAGCAAGAUCAGGAGCUGCUCAACUCAUCUCCUGACAGAAGGCACUGUCACAGAUCAAGGAGGUGUUUUGUGGGGUGUUAGGGGGCCUGAAGGCCUCCUGCCAUCUAAUUAUUUCUGGUUUGGGGGGUGGGAAGGGGGGGCAGUAGUAAUCCCUCAGGUCCUCUUACACUUGACAAUUUGCAGAGUGAUUUCAUGUUAAUUGUAAAUACCACUUGAGCUUCUCAGGCA